AUGGAAGAUCAAAGUGAACCAUGUCAAUGCCUCAUCGCGGGAGGAGGUAUUGUUGGACUCGUCCUUGCUUUAGCGCUAAAGAAGCAUGUCGGUAUCACCGCAGAGGUGUAUGAGAGAGCGGAGGGUUUUGCGGAUGACGUGGGCGCCGCACUUGGAAUGUAUGCCAACGGACUCCGAGUGCUGCGAGACAUUGACCCGAAGCUCAUGGAAGCAAUUAAGGACGCAGGGCGUCCCUAUGGGUAUAGACGCUGGGAACGCCAUGAUGGCACUGAAAUUGCUGUGGCGAGCGAAGACGUUUUGUCAGCUGAUGACAGCGAAUUGUGCAGUUUGGGGAUCCGGAGAUGGAGGCUACAGAAAGCCUUGUACAACGCAGUGAAAGAUGCUGGAAUUCCACUGCAUUUCUCCAAAGGAAUUUCGAACGUCAUAGAGCGAGAUGAUGAUGACCGGAUUCAAGUCGUAUUUGCAGACGGCACCUCCCGCUACACUGAACUCUUGUUUGGAGCAGAUGGAGGAAAGUCGGCCGUUAGAGAGACCGUCGCCGGGGGAACUUACGAAAUAAAGUACACUGGAGUAACCUGUUUGAUGGGAAUGUCAGACUGCCCAUCUCCACAAGAGGGCAUUAGCUUUCCGACAUCAGAACAGACACAGUGUCAUGCUGUGUACUUCCCAACCGGAACCGACGAACAGUGCUUUCAGAUUCACAUCCCAACAAAGGAGGAUGAAGCAGACAAAACCAACUGGGGAAACCUCAGCGCUGUAGAAGGACAAGAAGAAUUCGCCCGUGUCGCUGAAACCAUGAAAAAAGACGGAUGGCAUCAAAGGUAUAUUGACCCCCUCCAUCGCGUCGAGCACGCUGUCAAGGUGGGUUUCUGCCUUUUGAACCCCAAACUAGAAAGAUGGGUCUACGGCAAAAACCGUCGAAUCAUACUCGUUGGAGACGCAGCCCAUCCUCCUGUACCAUAUGUCGGACAAGGCGCUCAGAUGGGAGUUGAGGAUGUCGGCACCUUGACACUCCUGUUGCAGAACUUGUGCUGCAGCGCGCCCGGAAAUCUGGAUUUUAAACGACUUGACGAAGCCACGAAACUGUACGAGAAGCUACGAAUCCCAAGAGUGGCAAUGAUUCUAGACUGUUCCCAACAACUCGGCAAACUACAGGAGUCAAGGACAAAAACGUCCGAUUGUGGACUCUCAGAGCUUCUGCUACAGGGAGAGGUGAUGCUGAACGACACUCUGCCUGUGAUGUUUCCAGGCGCGACAUACAAUUACAGGGUAGAAGUAGCCGAUGCGAUUACAGAUCUGGAAGAACUGAGAGCAAAGCUAGACGAUCGCAACGCUUUUGAAGACUUGAUGGCUAGAGCUGGGGAUAUCUUUGGGGAAUACGAGCAUCCUCUAGCUCCUUCAAGCACGCAUAGCUUUAGGCCCGCAACAGCAGUUAGGACUGCACAUUAG